AUGAAUGAACCUCUUAAUGAUGGUUUAUUUGAAGAGCAUCAUGAAAUUCAAGAUGGAUGUACAGAAGAAGAAUAUGAAACCGAGGAAACUGAAGAGGAAGAUGAAGAGAGAGAGUUUGAAGAAGACAUAGAUAAUAUGACUCGAGGUGGACAUCCUGCCGGCAAGUCAACAGGCAGGAGUAAGGCUGCUAAUCGUGUAAAAAUUCCUUCUAUUCCAGCUCCAGUAAUCGAACAGGAUGAUACAAGUUUCAUUCCGACCAUGCCGCCCGAUCAAACACCGGUCAUUCCUGAGACAUCUCCUAUUUUACCUAACCAAAGCAGCCCAAUAGGCCAGAAUAUGAAUGUUCAAAGCAACACAGCAGUUGAGGCAACAUUUAGUCAGAGAAAUGUAUCUGCUUCAAGGUUGGAACCAUCUUCCAAAUGCUCCAGUUCCAUUACAUUGUCUUUCAAAAGUGAAGUUAAUCCUAAUGGGAUCAACUGGAAAGGUGUUUCACAAGAUGUCAAAGAUGGUUACUUUGGAGAAUUCAAGAAGAAUUUUUAUUGGGAUGCUUCCGUUAGUGAAGUUCUGUGGAUGGAACUUUGGCAAAGUGAUGACUGUGUUAAGAAGUCCGAGAUAAAUUCAAAGAAUCGUUGUGGUGGACAUGAAGUAGCUGAUGGGACACACAUUGGUGGCUCUAUCACAGCUGGAGAGCACCGAAAAAAACUUCUGCUGCUGCUUUUAUGCUAUUUUUUCAGUAAGCAGUUGCUGCAGUUUCUCUUGUUUUUCCUCUUUGUUUUGCAACAAUUCUUUCCUGCUACUCUCUUCUUUUUCCUCUUUAUUUUGUUGCUAUACCAACAUGAAAGGUAUGAAGAAAUUAUACGGGAAAAAGUACAAUGUGAAUCUGAAAUAGAUCAAUUGGAGACAUAUUAUGAAGUUGUAGGAGGAGCAAAGAAGAAAAGAUUAUUUGGUCUUGGAUCUGAAACUACAAGUUACUUUGGAAAAAAACAGUGUGCCUGCAAUGCUUCCACAUCAUCAGUACCACCUUCGAUUUCUUUACCGACAACAAAUAUGGAGGAGUUGGUGAAGCAAUUCAUUCCGGCCCUUACUACUCAUUUUCUUCCGAUAGUUAUUGAGCGUGUUGGUGGUACUAGGGUACAAGAUGGGGUCGUGCUAGAUCCUCCUCCUACUCAUGAUGAUGAUGACGACGUUGAUUCGUAG